AGAUCAGGCACAUUGCAAGUCUUCUCCAUCCAACCCCCUGAUCAAAUACUUUGAGUUGGUGCCUAUUGUUCUACGGCUCUUCACAUCAUAUUCCAACUAUUCUUUGUUUGUACCAUUUUUCUUUGACGCAUUGUUGGAGACUUGAGGCCUUAUCCUGCUGAACCUCCACUAUAUACAUUUUAUUUUCCUUGCAGACAAUCUCCCGAAUGCGAUGAAUUGAGGCCAUACAUCUUUUACACAGCGCCAUUGUAGGCUUUUUAUUUCGUUGUUAUUAUAUCAGAAAACUUCGCCCACCAUGCCGGGAAUUUUCAAAAUGGUGCAAGCGGCGCAGGACUCGCUCUCUGACGAAGCUUUGCUACCCCUCAAAACCUACAAAUAUUCCAGCGUGGACAAGUCAUAUAUUUCAAAUUAUAUUCUCAGGCAUUAUUGGAAUGCCGCGGUCGAACUCCUGCCAUUAUCCAUCGCACCUAAUAUGGUCACACUGCUAGGGUUUUUCUUCAUCAUUACCAAUGUGGCUUUUGUGACAAUCUUUGUGCCGGAUCUCGUCGGACCGGGGCCGACCUGGAUAUACUAUAGUUUCGCUCUCGGGAUAUGGAUGUAUUCGACGUUUGACAACAUUGACGGAAAACAGGCCCGUCGCACGGGAACGUCCAGCGGAUUGGGAGAAUUAUUUGAUCAUGGAAUUGACUCGCUUAAUUGCACCCUUGCCAGCGUGCUUCACACCGCUGCAAUGGGUCUUGGCUCGACACAAAUCGGCGCUUUCACGGCUCUGAUUCCUUGUCUGCCCAUGUUCUUCUCGACUUGGGAGACCUAUCAUACGCACACUCUAUAUCUAGGAUAUUUCAAUGGGCCCACUGAAGGACUGCUCAUCGCCAUUGUGAUCAUGAUCCUUUCUGGAAUCUACGGCCCUCAGAUCUGGCACAACCAAGUCGCCGAUGUCUUUGGACACAAGGAGUUAUUCGGAACCCAUUCAUUCUUGGACUACUGGGUAGCCAUUGUGUUUGGUUCCUUCAUGAUUGCGCAUUUACCCGCAUGUGUUUACAACGUUGUUCAGGCCCGCCGUCGCCAAGGUUUACCAGUCUUGCCGGUUUUCAUGGAAUGGACCUCAAUUGUCAUUUUUACAGUGUCAGUGAUGGGAUGGCUAUUUUCUCCUUACUCGACGCUGUUGGCCGAGAAUCAUUUGGUGCUCUUUUGCAUUGUCAUGUCUUUCGUCUUCGGCCGCAUGACCACCAAGAUCAUCCUGGCUCAUCUGAUCAGACAGCCUUUCCCUUACUGGACGACAAUGUUAGUUCCAUUGAUUGGCGGUGCCAUCCUCGCAAACUUGCCGUAUCUUGGAUUCCCAGCUGUCAGUUCCGGGUUUGAGCUCUGGUACCUCCGUUUCUACCUUAUCUUCGCUUUCGUCAUCUACAUGCACUGGGCUUUUUUGGUGAUUAACAGAAUUACCACUUUUCUCGGCAUCAAUUGUCUGACAAUCAAGGAAAACAAAUCGGCUGCGAGGGACCACGUCUACCGGAACUUCGGCGAACCCAGGAACAAUGGAGAAAAAGCCGGCUUGAAGCAUCACUGAGUUUGAUUGAAGAAAUCCGCUUUUUUCAUUCCGCUGCCUAGACGAGUGAAACAAGCAAACAGCACGUCAUUUUUAUCAUUCGCGUGCGGCAUGUAUUUUGAAUAUACGAAAACUGAUCUUUGGAAUCGACGUUCUACGAUGACACAAAGAAGUGUAAUAUAAUGAAUCCCUUUCUGCUCUGGUUGACGCUUUUAAUUGAUCCGACUGGUUGAUAUGAACCAUAUUGAUGAUGGUUGAUCGGCUAUUCAAGACAUCCGAGAAGGGUCGUAUGCACCGGUGACCUUUUAUUCGAUGCAUUCGUCAAGUUUAGUGGCCUAUUCGAGGAAAUAGUUGUCACAACUUUUCAUGUUUGAUAGAUAUUCUACUUUUAAUAUUGACUGUAUGUAUGAAAUGAGAGGUGUAUAUUCGUCUAACACCACAGCCAAAUGUGAGUGAUGACCAGCAAAGUUAGGAACAAAAAUCCCUGAAGCUCGAUCUCCC